GUGCCCCUUUGGCUGUUGAGUGUGUCUUUCACCUGGCUUCACCUUUCUCAGAUUUAUGGAGUUCUGGCAGAUUCUGAAGCUGACCCUACACCUAUUAGUAUACAGGAUUCCACUGGUCUAGUGGAAAAAGGCUACCUCGAUGAUGAAAAUUCUGGAAUUCAACAUUCUGAGAAUCUUGACAGGGACACUGAUGAUCGCGAAAAGAGUACCUUUAAAAGGUGUGGCACCGUUCCCUUUGUUGCACACGGAUCCUACGUGCUAUUGCAUAGAAAGGCUAUGUACACUUGUAAAAAAGGAUAUGAACUACUGGGAAGUGAAACAAUCAUCUGUGAUGCAUGGGGUCGAUGGAGCCAAGCACCACUAUGUUUGCCAAGACCAAAGUUCUUUCCAGGACCUAAAGGUGAACCAGGUGAGCCAGGUCUAAUGGGAGCAAAAGGUGAACCAGGUGAAGCAGGAUCUACGGGACCAACUGGACCUUGUGGUAUUGCUGGAAGUAAAGGUGCAAGAGGUGCAGGAGGUCCCAGUGGGACGCCAGGAACAAAAGGAAGCACUGGUCUCCCUGGACUACCAGGACUAAGAGGUGCGAAUGGCAAGAAUGGCCUCCAAGGUGCAAAAGGUACUUAUGGUGAUCCUGGAGCAACUGGACCACCUGGAGCUCAAGGCGCACGAGGAAAGCCAGGAUACAAAGGAGUAGCAGGUGAUCCUGGAGAACCAGGUACUCCAGGACUCUCCAUUACCUGGAGUAGGUCUGCUUUUUGUGUCAAACUUGGCACUGGCAGUGUUCUCAGUAACCACCCAAUAGACUUCCACGAAAUUCUGUAUAAUGAAGAUGGCGACUAUAAUACUGAGAACAGUACAUUUAAUUGUCGCAUUGCUGGUGUCUAUGCAUUCCAUGCAUAUUUUGAAGUGAAAACAGGAAAUGCACAGAUUGCAAUAAUGGUAAAUGACCAACGUAUUUACCACAAUUCCCAGCCAUAUUCUUUAUAUCCUGAAAUGUCAACUGUUGGAACUAUUGUGGAACUCAAAGUAGGUGACAAAGUCUGGGUACAGCCUAUCGAUUCUGAUACUGGUAUUUGCCAUAACAGUUAUUUCAUGGGUUACUUGAUUUAUGACCGCAAAUAAAGAUGUAAUUAUUUGCAGGUGCAAUUUCACAUUUUAUGUAUAUCUAAUUCCAAUAUUGAUCUUAGCAACUACCUAUAUUCACUAUUUUCACUGGCAUGUGUUAUAUUUUUAUAAUAUACCCAUUAAACAAUCUGAAAACAAUAAAAUGUCCUUAACUCAGUUUUAUAGAUCUGGGAGUAUGGGAUACGUUAUUUAUUUGUGGGCUUUUUUUUUGCAAGAAAAGAAAAACCUAA